AUGCUUCCUCAACGAAUCGCGCGGUCAUCCGCCGCCCGCGCCAAACUUGCGGCGGCCCGUUGCCUCCCUGUGGUUCAGCGGCGAGGCUUCUUGCCUGCUUCGUUGUCUGACCGCAAGGUUCUCGAAGCCAAGUAUCCUGAACGCCAGACGAUGUCUGAACAGAACGGCGGCUAUAUCAACCCUCCUAGAAUUAAGCGCCAGUUCCGAGACCCCUACGCCAACUGGUGGGACCCCCAGGAACGACGAAACUUCGGUGAACCCAUCCACGAAGAUAACGAUGUUCUUGGUAUCUUCUCCCCUUACGAAUAUACCUGGACCAAGCCAGGUCCUGGAUUGGUCAUGAUUGGCAGCUUUAUUGCAGUAUUUUUGGGCGUCUCCGGUCUCGUCUAUCUGAAGUAUCCUGACCAGCCUACCUAUCCUCGAGAAUUUGAAGCUGGUUUGGAACGAGAGUUGGGUGGGCCUGGAGCUGUACGAGUAAGUGCGCGAAUGGAAGGAGAUGAAGACCCUUAA